UCCUGGCUGGGUGCCCCCGGGGGGGGGGGCUCAUCUGCCCUCUGAGUCCUGGGGCCAGUUGAGGAGCUGGUUAGAAGAAUAAAGCGUGGCACCAGAGUCGGAAAAGGUAUGUCCGGAGGCAGGAGCAGGCAGCAGCUGGAAAGUCCCCGAGGCCGGACCACAGAAACCAGGAAGUACCUGGGCCCCCCCAGGAAAGAGGAAAGUGAAAGGAAAGCAAUGUCUUCCCACUUGAAGUAUCUUUCCUUGGGAAUCCUGGUCUUCCAGACCACCAGUUUGGUUCUAACUAUGCGCUACUCUCGGACAUUAAAAGAGGAUGGACCUCGGUAUUUAUCUUCUACUGCAGUAGUGGUUGCAGAGCUCUUGAAGAUCAUGGCGUGCAUUUUGUUAGUCUACAGAGACAGCAAGUGCAGUCUGCGAACGUUGAAUAGAGUACUGCAUGAUGAAAUUCUUAAUAAGCCUAUGGAAACUCUAAAACUGGCUAUUCCAUCAGGGAUUUAUACUCUUCAAAAUAACUUACUCUAUGUAGCAUUGUCAAACCUAGAUGCAGCUACUUAUCAGGUGACAUAUCAGUUGAAAAUUCUUACCACGGCAUUAUUUUCCGUGUCCAUGCUUAGUAAAAAAUUAGGAGUCUACCAGUGGCUUUCUCUAGUGAUUUUGAUGACUGGAGUCGCUUUUGUUCAGUGGCCUUCAGAUUCUCAAGAGGUUGUGUCUAAGGAGCUCUCAGCAGGCUCUCAAUUUGUAGGCCUCAUGGCGGUUCUCACAGCUUGUUUUUCAAGUGGAUUUGCUGGGGUUUAUUUUGAGAAAAUCUUAAAAGAAACCAAACAAUCAGUGUGGAUCAGAAACAUUCAGCUUGGUUUCUUUGGAAGCAUAUUUGGAUUGUUGGGGGUUUAUAUUUAUGAUGGCGAGCUUGUGUCAAAGAAUGGAUUUUUUCAGGGAUAUAACAAACUGACAUGGAUAGUUGUUGUUCUACAGGCACUUGGAGGCCUUGUGAUAGCUGCUGUCAUCAAGUAUGCAGACAAUAUUUUAAAAGGAUUUGCAACCUCUUUGUCCAUAAUAUUGUCAACACUGAUCUCUUAUUUCUGGCUGCAGGAUUUUGUGCCAACAAGUGUCUUUUUCUUUGGAGCUGUUCUUGUAAUAGCAGCUACAUUUCUUUACGGUUACGUUCCCAAACCUGCAGGAAAUCCUACCAAAGCAUAGUUAGCUAUCAACAUACUUUUCAAGACUGCAGUAGGAGCCUCAAGCCCCUGUACGUAAAGGACUUCAACAGGGAUUCUGAGGAAAAUCUUGUUGGACUGAGCGUGAUCAAGAGAUUUAAAUGAUUUGAAUGGACAGUCUGAAAGGCAUUCAGUUCAGAAAUGAAUCAGUGGAAAUGAGGUGCGUAAGUCUUUGAUGAAAUAAAUGCAAAUGGAAAAAUUCUGGCACAUUUAAAAAUUAAAAAAAACACUUGAAAGGAACAAAGCGUUUCUAGUAACUAAGAUUAAGAAUGUUUACAACUUGUUCUCUGAGGUGAGCUACAGAUAUUUUACUAUUUUGCUGCAAAAUAUGUCCUAUGCACUCUUUGCAAGAGCACAUGACAACAUUUGUCAGGUAUCAGUUUUUGCAAAUCAAAAAUAUUUAAUCUUAGUAAAUGUUUUUAAACUUGGUGUAUAGAUAUAUCAAAUCACACUGAAUAUAAUUCUUAGUUCAAAAAUUAUGUUCAUAAAUAACUGUUUCUUAUUAAAACUGUGAAAAACUGAA